AAAAGAGGGUUUAACUCAAUUUCUAUCUUUCUUUCGUCUAAGUGCUUCGAAGCUCUCUUAACAAGCUUUCAAAGUCAAAAACUUUUUAUCAGCUAUGGCGGUUUUGUUAUCAACUCCCAUAGUCUCUCCACUAGGAAUCAACAUCGAGACGAAUAAGAAUCUGGGUGUCUCGUAUUCUUCUUUCCCUCAAAUUCACCUCUUCAGAAUCUCUACUCCACUGCGUGUUCGAAGAUCCGUCGUCGUCUCGAGCCGUAAAAAUUCAGGAACUGGUUUAGCAAGCGAGGAUAAGAAACUGUUGCUGGAACGAUAUGGUUAUGAUGCCAAUGAUGACUUUGGGUCUCAAUCUAAGAAGGCGAGAAGGAAAGAAGAGAAAAUGAGUGGAAGGAACAGCCAACAAGUAGAAGAAGUUGUUGUAGUACAGCCAAAAACAACUCAUAGGUUACUUCAGGUACUUGCAGGAACGGCCAAACGAAAGAAAUUGCUUUCUCUUAAGGGAAUGGAUGUGAGACCUAUGAUGGAAGUUGUUAAAGGAGCAGCUUUUGGGAUUCUCCAGGCUGCUGGUGGUUGUCCAACGUCUCUGCGUCCUGGUAAGUGGUUGGAUUUGUACAGUGGUACAGGAUCUGUGGGAAUUGAAGCAAUCAGUCGAGGAUGUUCUGAGGCACACUUUGUUGAGAUGGAUCCUUGGGUUGUUUCAAAUGUUCUACAACCAAACUUGGAACACACUGGGUUUGUUGAUGCUUCGGUUAUACACACUGCUCGAGUCGAAAACUUCUUGGAACGUGCUGAUAAAAUAGUAGGAAAGGAUGGAGCAUUUGACUAUAUCAGCGUUACACCACCUUACAUGGAGGUAGAUUAUGCGGUUCUGAUGGAUCAGAUUGCUAAGUCGCCAGCUAUUGGAGAAAAUACAUUUUUUGUGGUCGAGUACCCUUCACGAACAACGAUGCUUGAUUCAUGUGGAUGCCUUGAAAAGAUGACUGAUCGAAGGCUUGGCCGGACACAUCUGGCCAUAUAUGGACCAAAAUGGGCUCAGAAGCCAAGAAAAUCAUAAAACCACAGCAGAAAGCAACUGUUAACUCUGGUCCUUUUUUUGUGGUUAAAGCAAUGAACGGAGGCUGAGAUUGAAGAGCUAGUUCGUUCCACCUUUUAAUAGUAGAGUGAUUCUGUCGAUCAGGUCACCAUUUUUGUUUGUUGCCAAGUCCUAAGAUGGAAAAAGUUGCAGACUUAUGAUAAUUGUAAAAUCGGUAAUGGUGUAUGUUGCGAGGUGUGUUUGUUACACAGAAAUAUAGUUGUAUGCAGUUGGAGAUAUAAAGUCAGUUAGAGUUUCUCCUUUUUGUCCAUUACAUAUGGCUUCUUUUGAGAGAUCAACUUGCUAGACAUGAUUUCUAUAUGUAUGUACCAUAUAUAUCAGUAACCAUCUUAAGCAUUUCUUCUAAUUUAAACAAAACCUUUUACGACAGUGACAUAACUGAGGUAUGUCUCGAAUCAUUCUUUCCCUUCUUCUAAUUUAAUCUAUUUUGGUAAACAACUCUUCAAUAGAGCAUCUAAUUUUGAAAUCUCUAGAGGGGAAUAUAGUGGCAUGCCUUUGCUCACACAAUCACUGUGAGAAUCAAUUACUAUCAGGACACUAUCCUGACCAUGUAUAAGAUCCCUAAAUGAUAUAGAGGAAACAGAUAUAUAGUAAUGAAAUUGUGGGGACAGGACUGUUUAAAUUUUGGCUUUACUAUGUAUAAGGCAAGCUUCUCUUUCCCACCAAGGCCAAAAGGAAGUUUGCUUGUGUCAUGGAAACAAACUGGCUCAAUCUUCUCUAGCUGUCAUUCAGAUAUGGAUUCUUUUCUUUACAAUUUGGAUAUGUUUCUAUAUAUAAUUUUUAAGAGGUUAUAGUUUAAAGUUUAUACACAUCUCUAUAUGUAUGUUUUGCUGCUAAUCGGCUUUUGAUAGGAAAGGGAAUACUUAAUAAGGAAGAAAAUUCUAGCUCUAGCUCCUUUUCACAGGUUUGGUUAUUUACUUAUGCAUUGUUAAAUUCUUAAUUGAUUAUCUUAUUGUUUAAAGGAAACAUCCAAGUGAUUUAAGAUAGUGGUAAGGAAAGUAGUAGGCUUGCUAAUACUCAGUCACAAAAGGUACACUGUCCUAUGCUUUUAAAUGGCUUAAAAUAUAUGUAGUUAGGGGAACUUGUGAGGUCCCCAAUGGUUUGCUGCAUGAAAAUUCACAAAUCAAAGCAAAGUAAAAGGUACUUAACGGGCCCAUAUGUUGCAUAAAGAUAUGUUUUUCUUAACUUUCACUUCCUCUUGCCUCCUCUCUCUCUCUACGUGGACAACUACGUAUGUAUAUUGUUGCUUUGUGUGCUUCAUCUUUAAAAUAGGGCCAAUCACGGAUUUGUCUUCCAAGGUAUAUAAAAAACAACCUAAAUGCUUGUUUUUUGCUUCCCAUUUCGCUUUCCCCUUUUUUUAGCCUCUCCUGUCCAAAGAUCUCUCUCUAUUUAUGUGACAGUCACUUCACCAACAUCAUGGAUGUUCUGCUCAGUCUAUUCUUGGGUUUGGUUGGUCAGUUGUUUAUGUUAAACAGGAAGCUGUAGGGACAUUAGGUUGCAGUAUGGGUGGAAAUGGCAUUAGAGCUUCGGUUGGAGCUGUUGUGUAUUUGGGUAUGAUUGUGUUUCUUCUUGUCAGUAUCUUAGCAAACUCUGCAUCAAGUGUUCCAUCAACAGAAAAGGUCAAGACUCUGCGGUUUAGUGGUAAGGAUGUGAAUCUGUUUCAUGUGAGCAAGCGAAAAGUUCCAAACGGACCUGAUCCCAUCCACAACAGGAAAGCAGAAACUUCGAGACGACCACCAAGAGUAUGAUGAUAAAACUCUCCGUGUAUGGUGUUUGCAAACUCUAAGGUCUUUCUACUGUCUUCAGACACAAUAGUGAAUUACGCGACGUCAAGAAGCUACUUUUUUCCGGGGCAAUUCGAUAACUUCAGAUUCAGAGGGAUAUGCUCAUAUGCAAGGUCUCUCUUAAUAUGAACUCAUAGCUUUUGUGAAGUCUUGCUCUGUUUUGCAAGGUCUCUCUUACUUGCUCUGUAGCAUUUGGGAAGGUGAAGUCAUUGCUCUUUCUUUCUUCUUUAGGAACACUGUGUCUGAAGAUUGAAAUCUUUCAGAUGAUUUGAUGCAGAUAUUAAAGACUUUAGUAGGGUUUUUGUGUAAUAACAUUUGUAUUAAUUAUUAUAGGCUUAUUAUGUCUUUAUCUAA